AUGAAAAAACCUGAUGAUGAACUUCCCAUAUUCAAAAUUAAAAAAGAAGAUACAGAUUAUGCCGAAGCAGUCGAUAAAUUUCUGUCAAAAUUCAGAAAUGAAUCACAUAACCCUUUUCCCAAUCUUCAAAGUGAAAUCAAGAAAGAACCAGAAUCACCUGUUCAACUGCCAGAAAUCGGAAACGAACCAGAUUAUCUUAAAACUCCAAUAAAGAGUGAAUUUAUGAGAGAUGAAUCCAAUCCAUCUCCAUUCAAUAAAGAACUCUUGAAAAAGUUCAGCCUUGAAAGUCCACAAGCAAAUAUUGACACUUCUAAAAUCCCCAAAGAAGAAACCAAGGCAAAUGUAGCUAGAACAGUCUUCCAACAAGAAUUUUCAGAACCUGGUUCUGACAACACUAGUAGUAACAGUAGUGACUGUGAUCAGUUCAAAAAAGUUUCAGUGAAAGAUCGCUUAGGACCAAAAGUUCAAGAUGAUGAUGGCUGUAAGGUGGAUAAACUUCCAGUUAAAAGAAGACUUGGAUCUAAGACUGUACAUGAUGAUGUGCCAAGUAAAAAAUGUAAAAAAACCCAAGAAUACGAAUCAGACGAAGAAGUAUUGAAUAGAAGACAGAAACAAAUUGAUUAUGGAAAAAAUACCUUGGGAUAUGAUCAAUAUAUAGCUAAAGUACCUCUGUAA